CAACGUAGGGUUGGACUAUUAGGUUCGUAAAGUCAGCGUUAUGUGACAGUUAUCUGUUAAUAUAACAUUAGUUCAUAUAAACUUCUGUUAAAGUCCCAACAUCUUUAAGUCAACAAGACUUUUAGCACGAGGAGCUGACGGUUACUUUCCUCCCACCAUCACUUCCGGUUCUGUUCGGCUGAAACUCCCGAGUUCAGCUAAGGUGCCAACCAACUGUUGUGUGGGUCGGUCGCAGGUGAGCAGCCUGGGUCCACAUAAGUAAGUGGUCUCCAACAUGGUUCACAACAAAGAGGCUGAAUCUGAGCCUCGGGUCUACGGUUACACCAGAACAGCCUCUGCGGCGCUGAGCCACUUUAUCUGCGUUGUCUUCACUGUGUUCAUCGCAGUUGUGUCUGGACCGGGUUCAAGUUUGUUUUCAUGGCAUCCUUUCUUUAUGACACUAGCGUUCUCUUUCUUCAUGACUGAAGCCAUCCUCCUUUUCUCCCCCCACGGCUCCCCCAUCAAAAGAUUUCCACACAAGACCAAAGGUCGUGUUCACUGGGUCCUGCAGUGCCUCUGUGUGUCCUGUGCGGUCCUGGGUCUGGCAGCCAUCUCCUACAACAAACACCUGAAUGGUAAACCCCACUUCACCUCGUGGCACGGUCUGCUGGGCCUGCUCACAGUGUGUGUGGUGGGGUUGCAGUCUGUGGCAGCCGUGCCCCUCAUCUACCACUCUCUGGCCAAAGGCUGGUCCCUGGCCAAACUCAAACGCUACCAUGCGGCGUCUGGACUCGUCACCUACCUGCUCGGCAGUGCCAGCCUGCUCCUCGGCCUCAGUUCUGGCUGGUUCACUGCGUCUGUCAGGGAAUACACCUGGUACCUGUCAGCGCUCUGCCCUGCUCUCACUGCCCUGGUCGUGAUGAACCAAGUCACCGGGGCGUACAUGGCCAAGAAACGCCUGCAGUCAUGACAGAAGACACAAUAUUGACACUUUAACGAAACGCUCACUGUGUACGUAGGCAAGGUUUGCCUUUGAGAUUUCAUUUCUUUUUAGUCACGUCCUCAGUUUGUGUAUCUGUGGCUCUUUGAAGGUCUUCUCAUGUCAUGACUCACUUGUGCCAAAUGUGGAUAUUGAAAUACUUUGUUUUUAAAUCAUAUAUUCAGGACCAUAGUUACCAUUGAGGACACUGAGGUCUUGUUUUUCUAGCAACAAGACUUUUAAUUUCAUAGUUACACACAUAUUUCACUUUUUGGGAUUUUUAUGAGUAGUUUUGGAUAUUUUUAGCCAUGCCAGCUUUAGUUUAUGACUAAACACCUGCAAAAUGAAUGACAUCCCCAUUGUGAAAGGUAUAUCUGCAGUCUGUCAGACUACACCACACAACCUCUUCACUACAUGACACACACCCUGAAGUAACUUCUUGAAUUAACGUAGUUAUUUUAAUCCAAGUGUGAUCUUUUCUUAAACCCAACCCAGGCAGUUUUGGCACCUCAAUCUAACCAAACUGUGACAGUUUUGAUGGUGUCAUGUAGGAGUGUCCUGCUCCUGGAGUACUGUGCAUCUGCAGAUAGACCGACUCGUUCCCUUCAGCCUCAGCUCUACUUUGUGUUUAACGCCAAUGUUAGCAUGCUAUGUCUGAGUAUAGCCUCACAGACCUGCUACCACCCACAAAACAAUUAAAUAGCAGUAAAAAUAAUGGUUUUAAUAUUAUUUAAUAUUUUCUGCUGAGAUUGGAAACCAUGCAGUGUGAAGAGGUUUUGACAUACUAUUGAGACCAUGAUAGGGGAGAUAAAAUGUAUUAACUUGAACCUUUUUUGUUAGUUAGAAAUGACUGAAGUUGUGAAAUUGGAUUCAUGACCUCAGUAUUUAAAAAGUUGGCCCUGAAUAUAUCUUGAAUUGUUACAUCUCAGGUUUCAAAUUAUUCUGCCUUUUGACUAUUUAUGUUGCCAUUGAUAGCUUAUUUUUCCACAUGUUUGAAUGAAUAAGAAUAUAUGUUGUACAUUAAAAGCAUUUGUAAAUGA